AUGUCACUUUCUCGGGAGGUUGGAUACAUCACCCAUGUUCAGGCUAACCGGCACAUCCGUGUUAUGGUGAUUUUGUUCCCUCGAGAUGUCUCAAAGUUUGAGCCCUUGAAAUUGAAGGCGAAUAUGGUUCGCAAUGUUGAAUCUGACGAUGAUAUCACUGAUGACGGGAAUAGCGACGACGAGAAGGACUAUUCUACAACAAUAGAGGAGCCCGAAAGCAAAAAGAAGAUUUCGGAGGAAUUCAAAGGACUGAAAAAUUGGGGGGACAUGUCUCCACUCAACAAAUUUUACAACGAGGACUUCAAGAAUGUGAACAAAUGCUUUGCAUGA